GACAUGAUCUUCAUAUGCCCACAUUAUCACACUCUCAAAUGAAGCCUCCUACCCCUUUCGACGAGGACAUCAUCUCAUCACGCUAACAGCUGAAGCGGAGAGGUGAAGGAGCAGAAGUCUGCUUCACACAAACACUCAGUCAGUCUGUGACACGCGGUGGCGCGCAGCCGUGCGCUCGGUCACUCGCUUCGCUCUCCGCGCGCGCAGAGACAGCAUCAGCAGCAGCACGGCACGGCACACACGCGUAACUGAUGGAGCAGAUAGACGACGAACUGCUCGGCAGCUGCAGCGGAAUCCCGAGCGAGAGCGAGAGCAGCAUGAGUCUGGAGGACCCGCGCGCUCUGCCAUGCUGAGCCUCUCCCUCGCGUUCCUGCUGGCUCUGACCGCUCUCGCCCGCUGCGCCCACAGCUGGAGCGACGAGGACCUGCUGCUGCCGCCCAUCAACUCCUCCGGGAGACUCCUGGCCAGCCUGGAGGUGGAUGUGGGCUACUCCAAGAGAUCCGUGGAGGAGCCUGAAGCCUCCUCACAGUGCAACGUGAGCGUGGAGAGGCUCCCCACCAAACUCGUGGCGCGCUGGGACAGCAACUUCGGCUUCCAGUGCGACGUGCUCUUGUACACCACCAACAGCCACGGCAAGGCGUUCUUCUCCGCCGCCUUCAACCGGGCGAUCUCGCCGGUCUACAUCGAGCACCUGGGCGUCACGGGCGGCCAGCAGGAGUUCAGGCUGUGCGUGGGAUGCGGUCUGUCCCGGUACCGGAGAUUCAGACGGGGCAGGUCAGAGGGUCAGCAGACGGGCGACUCGGUGCACUUCUGCUGCGUGGACUUCGCCCUGGACGAGCUGAAGGGGGACCGGAGCUGGAGGCUCAACCGCAAACCCAUCGAGUCCACUCUGGUGGCGUGCUUCAUGACUCUAGUCAUCAUCAUAUGGAGCGUCGCUGCCCUCAUAUGGCCAGUUCCCAUUAUCGCGGGAUUUCUGCCCAAUGGGAUGGAGCAGAGACGGCAGAGGUAAUAGAACCGUACAGGACAGAGUUCACAUGAGCAUCUGUACGCUAAUAUAGGAUCCUAAACUAGGUAACUCGCCAAACAUCCGUAUGCUUAGUGGCACACGUGUCAUGCAUUUGCUUAAACCGUGUUUGAAACUGCUGUUCGAGCUGCUGUUAUCUCCUGAAGGAUGGAGGUAUUCUGUUAGAUUUUAUUUGUUUUUAUAAAUUGAAUGUAAUAGAAAUGCAUUUAUCAUGUGAUAUUCAGAUAUCAUUUCAAAUGUUUGUAAUGUUUUUUAUCCUAUACGAUUUCUAGUGUUUAUUUAAAAAUAGCUACGGAGUAUGUCUCAGGACGCAUGCGCGCAUAAACACAAGCUGGUUCCUUCAGAAAUAUUCCAAUGGUGUUCAAAUGUUUGAGGACAGAUUUCUUGUGUUUGUAUUUGAUUGUAAUAAUAAUAAUAAUAAUAAUAAUGAUUAAACGCGAUUAGACGUUUAUUUGAUGUGGAAAACUUGAUUAUAGCUUGAAAAACAACUUGACUGGCAAUCUAUUUGUAAAAAGUGAAUACAUUUGUAUAAGGUUUAUACUUUAUAGAUCUGUCAUAACUGUUAUUAGUAUCAAUAAAUGCAUAAAAUAAUCCUUUGUGGAGGUUUUGUAGCAGAAGAGCCAGACUCACUGUCUAGUAUUCAACAUACAAAACUCACAAUAAAAGUAAUAUAGAAGAAGGCAGCAAACAUUGGGGUCAAAUGGAAGAUUGCUAUGGGUUUUACUAAAUGCUUGAAAAGUCAUAUUGUAAUUUUGAUGAAAAGGCAUGAAACAACAUUGGAAUAAACAGAAGCCUUGAGCAUUA